AUGAUUGAGAUGCCACAGGGAGAGACAUUCUCACGAUCGCGAAGUGGAUGCUUACAAUGUCGAAAAAAACACAACAAAUGCGACGAGCAACAGCCAAAAUGUUCCUUUUGUGCAGUUCGAGACCUGAACUGCAAAUACCCAUCCAAUAUAAAAUGGAUUCAACGCGCACAGUCCACGCUGACGAGGCAUAAGCCCCGUUGCAGAGAGAUCCGACGCACAGAAGUAGAGCCACUAGCUCAGUCUCCAGCGUUGUUCGCGGACACAUGCUUCGAGUCCACAGAAGAAAAGUCUGCAUGGGAAUACUACGUGAGGCUCGUCUCAUCAAAUGUGCCUGCCCUAGACGGACCAGACAACCCCUACCGACGACUCUCAAUCCCAGCUUUAUCAUCUCCCAUUCUCCUCGAAACAAUCAUCUGCAUAGCAACAGAGCAUAUGCUAAACUUCGGAUUAACAAGCAUCGAUCUCGCCGCAAGACGUCAACAACGAAUGCUAAGAACCCUUGGCCAAAACUUGAUUAGCAUGGACGCAGAUAUCAAUUCCAACCCAGUAGCCAUAACGACAAUCAACAAAGGGGAAAGAGAAGCACUUCUCGCAGCCGUCGUCCUACAAGGAAUUGUGGUCGCACAAACCGCGGAUGGUGUCCUGGAGCCCCACGUCAAAUGCGCCUCUUGGCUCAUGGAAGCAUUGGGUUACUUUGAAGAAAUACCGCAGAACCCCAUCGCACGCAUGAUAAUCCAACGCUUCGGUAUGGUUGAUCUCAUGCUAGCGAUAUCGCGACAGCGCAGACCAUACGCACCACAAAACUUUAUCCUAAACCAACCCAAUCAAGCCCACUGGGAUACAACAGAGCCAUCAUUCUAUGAAAUGACCGGAUGCCCACACCCAUUAAUGUGCUUCUUGGUCCGAAUAUCACACCUGGCAUGCAACAUGGGCGAAAGCCUAGAAAGCAAAACAGAAACAGACACCGAAACAGAAAGUGAAGCCAACAUUCUCGCCUCAGCAUUCGAACUAGAAAGCGAACUUCGCGCAUGGGGCACCGAGUACAAGUAUGACGGCAAAAUCCCAGCGCAAAGUGAGCGCACCCCAUUAGACAUCCUCAGCGAAUGCUUUUAUUGGACGGCACAUCUCUUACUUGCGCGCCGUGUCUUCCGAGACCAAACAUGCUCGCCGCGGGUACAGCAUCUGGUGCAUAUAUGUUUUGGAUUAAUGGAUCACCUUUCGACGGGGUGUGGACCUGAUUCGUCUUUGCCGCAACCGUUUUACCUUGCUGCGAGGGAGGCUGUAUCACCCGAGGAUCGGGCCUGGGUUCGACAAAAGCAUGAGUCUAUGACCGCAUACUAUCGGGAGCAGCAGCGCAAUUCGGCUAUGGGGCUUAUUGAGCAGAUAUGGGAGGUUACUGAUUCGUUGAGGGAGAUGGAGGGUGGGGUUGCCAGAUCUGCUAGUGAUAGGAAGGGGAGUGGCUUUUCUAUUGUGGAUGGGUACGUUCAGGCGCUUGAUAGAGGGUCUUGUUUCUUUAUCAUCUGA